AGUCAGUCUGCUUUCACCCACCGCAGAGGGAAGAUAUGAACAAUCUGUUCUCCAUUCAAACAACUACACUGUCGUACACAAAAAUGUUGGUAACGGUUAUGGUUAUACUUGUCUUCACGUCGUCGUGUAGUGGUCGUUCUUGGCUAAUCGACGGUGAUGAAGACCUCCAAUUGUCACAGUACCACAGCCUAAAUAAGAGAGCAGUGUUCGACUCAGCUUGUAAGGGUUACUAUGACCGAGAAUUCUGGGGCAAGUUGAGCAGAGUUUGCUGGGACUGUGAGAACCUGUUUAGGCAACCUGGCUACCAGGAUAAGUGCAGCGAAGGCUGUUUCGUCACUACGGACUUCACUCAAUGUGUAAAGGCCUUGUUGCUAAAUGUGGAAGAAUACAACGAACUUGCUGAGUUGGUGCGCGGUUGAUAAAUCUACGAUAAUAUAAAAAAAGAAGGAAAAAAGUGACACAAGAAUCGAAUUUCCUGAAGAAUAAUAUCCCCACCUUCCUCACCACUGGGAGCGACGCCAACAUGACAGGUCGGUGUUUGUUGCCAGGAUCUAUUGGUAACAUCUUUUUCAUCCUCGGAGGACCAUCUAAAAGGACUUAACAAGACCUAGUUAGUCUAAAUGACCGGUUUACUGAGAAUUCAGACUGGAUAAGAAUUGGGAAAAACGGGAAAUACUAAUAUAUGCUGAAUUUGCUGAUAUAUUGUAGUGGACGUCUCCCCUACAAACUGCGUAUCGCAUUCCACUGUGCCGCCUUCCCUAGCAACCAACCAGAUGUUACCGUAUCUUAGCAACGAAACUAUUCACCGGCGA